CGGCGCGGGAUCCUGCGGGAGCACGGGGCUCAUCAUGGCGGGUGACCUAAAGCGAUUUCUGCACAAGAAGUUACCGAGUGUUGAAGGGCUCCAUGCUAUUGUUGUGUCAGAUAGAGAUGGAGUACCUGUUAUUAAAGUGGCCAAUGACAAUGCUCCAGAGCAUGCUUUGAGACCUGGAUUCUUAUCUACAUUUGCCCUAGCAACAGACCAGGGGAGCAAGCUUGGACUAAAAGCAUCCUGUUACUGUAACACCUAUCAGGUGGUUCAGUUCAAUCGUUUACCUCUGGUGGUGAGUUUUAUAGCCAGCAGCAAUGCCAACACGGGACUAAUUGUCAGCCUGGAAAAGGAACUUGCUCCAUUAUUUGAAGAAUUGAUAAAAGUUGUGGAAGUGUCAUAGUUUGUCAGUGGUCUUGUCUUGUCUUCAUUAUAACAACCAAUUCCAGUCCAGCAAUCUUUAGACCACAGUAGUGCUUUCACCUAUGUACUCAAGAAUGGGCCGCUGUCCACUUUACACUAAAGAAGAGCCUGUAGA